GGUUCAAUUUUACUCUCAAGUUAAUUGGAAAUAGAAAGAGGAAAGGGGCGGAAACGACCAAAGCCCAUACGAAUAUAAUGUGCUAACGGCUACGCUCCUCCUCCGGUUCUCUCUCCUUCCGAGAUAUACGGCCAGCGCUCCCCUUCCCCAUUCUCUCCCCAAUACAAACAAAUACAGCCUCGCUACUCUUAUCAGUCUUAACUAGUAGGGUUUUUCAAUUUUCUCUCUAUUAUUUACAUAAAUUUCGGUAGUAUACGGUUACACAUUCGUAGUGUUUGUGUUCAUACACAUUGGAAUGGACGCUUAUUCGCUGCAUCUAGCGAUGGCGGCGCUCGUCGGAGCGUCGUUCGUUGCGGUCUCUGCGUACUAUAUGCACAGGAAGACCCUAAACCAGUUGCUGGAGUUCGCGAAGGCGAUGGAGAGGGACAGAGAAGACGUCGCCGCGGAUGCGGACGACGGCGGCGACGCGGCGGAACAGUUGAAGAAGUACUCGCGGCAGCGGAGGAAGGGGAGUGAAGGGCAUUACCGCCGCGGUUCCGCAUCGUUGCCGGACGUGAGGAUGUUUUACGGCGGCAGCAGCGGAGGAGGUGAGAUGGAGGACAAAAUAAACGGUCAGGCGCACGUGGAUUCUAUUCCGACGGGCUUGCCGAGGCUUCAUACCCUUCCCGAAGGACAUCUUAUUCGACCCACUUCUCCUAAAUCACCUAUUGCUUGUGGAAGUGCAUUUGAAAGUCUAGAAGGUUCAGAUGACGAGGAUAAUGUGACUGAUGUAGCUAAGCUAGACUCUACAUAUCUUCUUAUUAACGGAAAUGUGAAUGUACAGAAUAUUAAUGCCAGCGUUGAGUCAAAAGCCAUGGCUACACCAAGCAUGAUUCGCUCACAUAGUGUAUCUGGUGACCUGCAUGGUGUUCCACCUGAUCCUGUGGCUGCUGAUAUCCUGAGGAAAGAACCAGAGCAAGAGUCUUUUGUUCAAUUGAGAAUUUCCCCCACUGAGAUACCAUCUCCGGAUGAAGUGGAGGUCUACCGUGCUCUGCAAGAUUGCCUUGAAUUGCGAAGAAGUUAUGUAUUUAAAGAAGCUGUUGCUCCAUGGGAAAAGGAAAUUAUAUCUGAUCCUAGUACUCCAAAGCCAAUCCUGAACCCAUUUGAUUAUAAUUCAGAGGGGAAAUCUGAUCACUAUUUUCAAAUGGAAGAUGGAGUUGUUCAUGUUUAUGCGAGUAAAGAGUCGAAAGAGAAACUUUUUCCUGUUGCUGAUGCUACUACUUUCUUCACAGACCUACAUCAUAUCCUUAGGGUUAUAGCAGCUGGGAACAUCCGAACACUAUGCCACCAUAGGCUAGUUCUUCUAGAACAGAAAUUCAAACUUCAUCUAAUGCUUAACGCGGACAGAGAAUUCCUGGCUCAAAAAAGUGCACCACAUCGAGACUUUUAUAAUGUUAGGAAAGUUGACACGCAUGUUCAUCACUCCGCUUGCAUGAACCAGAAACAUCUUUUAAGGUUCAUAAAAUCAAAGCUGAGAAAGGAGCCAGAUGAGGUUGUUAUAUUCCGAGAUGGAACAUAUCUGACCUUGAAAGAGGUGUUUGAGAGCUUGGACUUAACUGGUUAUGAUCUGAAUGUUGACCUAUUGGAUGUUCAUGCUGACAAAAGCACCUUUCAUCGCUUUGACAAAUUUAAUCUGAAGUAUAAUCCUUGCGGUCAGAGUAGAUUGAGAGAGAUCUUUCUGAAACAAGACAAUCUCAUACAGGGUCGUUUCCUGGGUGAAGUGACUAAGCAAGUAUUCUCAGAUCUGGAAACAAGUAAAUAUCAAAUGGCUGAAUAUCGAAUAUCAAUAUAUGGCAGAAAGAUGAGUGAAUGGGACCAACUGGCAAGUUGGAUAGUAAAUAAUAACUUGUACAGUGAGAAUGUUGUAUGGUUGAUUCAGCUUCCGAGGCUCUACAAUGUGUACAAGGAGAUGGGAAUUGUUACCUCGUUCCAGAACAUCCUUGAUAACAUCUUUCUGCCUUUAUUUGAAGUUACUGUUGAUCCAGAUUCACAUCCGCAGUUGCAUGUUUUCUUAAAGCAGGUUGUUGGGCUGGAUCUUGUGGAUGAUGAAAGCAAGCCUGAAAGACGACCUACAAAACACAUGCCUACACCAGCUCAAUGGACCAAUAUAUUCAACCCUGCAUUCUCGUACUAUGCAUACUACUGUUAUGCUAACCUCUACACCUUGAACAAGCUUCGUGAGUCGAAAGGUAUGACCACUAUUAAGUUCAGGCCACAUUCUGGAGAGGCUGGUGAUAUAGACCAUCUUGCAGCAACGUUUCUCACAGCUCAUAAUAUCGCACAUGGGAUCAAUCUUAGAAAAUCUCCAGUCCUUCAAUAUCUGUACUACCUAGCUCAGAUUGGUCUGGCUAUGUCUCCUUUGAGCAACAACUCUUUAUUCCUAGACUACCACCGUAAUCCGUUUCCCAUGUUUUUCCUACGGGGUCUAAAUGUAUCCCUCUCAACGGAUGAUCCUUUACAAAUCCACUUAACAAAAGAGCCCCUGGUGGAAGAGUACAGUAUUGCAGCUUCAGUAUGGAAGUUAAGCUCAUGUGACUUAUGCGAGAUUGCUCGUAAUUCUGUGUAUCAGUCUGGUUUUUCACAUGCUUUGAAGUCUCACUGGGUUGGGAACGAGUACUUCAAGCGAGGACCGGAUGGAAAUGACAUUCGCAGGACAAAUGUCCCUCAUAUUAGGCUUGAAUUUCGUGACAUGAUAUGGAGAGAGGAGAUGCAACUGGUUUAUCUGGGUAAAGCAAACUUUUCCAAGUUUAUUGACCCAUGACAUGCUUGCCUAACCUGAACACCAGUCUUGUUGGUUGCUUAAAAAUACAGGAACUGGCAACCUAGACUAGCAUUUUGUUAGUAACUUUAGUCAAAGAGCUGUAUUUCGCUAACCAAGCAGUGAGCUUCUGGCUAGGGCAACAAUGAUUCUAUUGUUGGUAGACGAGAGUCACCCGGGUCAAAGUACAAACCGACAACUGGAGCUUACUAUGUCAGUGGAAUACAACAUUUAUCUGUAUGGUAUAUAUAGAUCAGUAGUGCCCUCACCUAGUUGGAUGAGUUUGAACCAUCCAGUGAUUGUGUAAUUUUGCAUUAAAGCCCAAGACCAAAUAAAAAGAAAAAGCAAUUAAUCUUCCCUCUGUGGAGAUUGUGCAUUCAUUUGUUUUUACGA